AUGGUUUUGGAGGACGAAAGCAGCAACGACCAGUCUAGCCUCCCGUACAUGCAUUCUUCCUCCACAGACGGUCUCAACGAGGUCCCUUUCAGCCUUGAAGAUCCAGAUUACAAGGGGCUUGAGCUGGAUGUGAUGUCUCCAUGUGAGAAGCACGGCAUGGCAUCUGAGAGGCUUGUUGCCUUUGAAGGAACAGACACAGGCAGGCAGUUUUUAGCAUGUGCACAGCCGGCAGGUAGCAAUUGUGGCUUUGUUGAAUGGGUUGAUCACCAGUGGCCCCCAACAAUGCAGAAUGCAUUGUUGAAGCUAUGGGCAAUGGUUGAAGAUGCCAAAACUGCUAGGGUGAAUGACAAUCUUGAAAGUUUUCUUUCACUAUCCACCAUCUGA